AAAAAGUCAUACAAUAACUUUGUGGGACUUGACCAAUAGCCACCACUCAUCAUCUAUCUCAAACAGAUACCACAGAUUCCAUGCUCAUCUGGAAUCCCAGUGAAUCAUGGUGUCCAAAGUUCUUAGCUUCAAUAUCCAUCUUCAUCCCCACCCCUCUUUUCCCUCUGCAAUUUCCAGAAUUAAUCCAAGACCUUCUAACUUUGUCACCACCACACCUUUAUUGUCAUCAACCACCAUAGCUAUCAGAUGCAAUGCCAACCAUGACCAAGCCAAUUUCCACCAUCUUUCACUUGGAAGAAGCCCCAUUUUCACCACCAUGGCAUCAACACAACACAACCCAAGUCCCAAAUUCGAUGAGUUCGAAUCCGAUCCCACGCUUACAAACGACGAUCUCAAGCCCACAACACUUGAUCAAAGGACUUUUUCCAGGUGGGAAUUGGCUAGUCUUUGGGUAGGACUAGUUGUGGGGGUGCCAACUUACUAUUUAGCUGGUAGUCUUGUUGACCUUGGCAUGGCUUGGUGGCAAGGAAUUGCAACAGUUGUAGCGGCCAACAUAAUACUAUUAGUCCCAUUGGUCCUCACUGGUCAUCCAGGGACAAAAUAUGGCAUUUCUUUCCCAGUUUUAGCCCGUUCCUCAUUUGGUAUUUAUGGUGCUCAUAUUCCCACUCUUCUUAGAGCCUUGGUUGGUUGUGGUUGGUAUGGAAUUGAGACUUGGAUUGGUGGUGAAGCCAUUUUCAUUUUGCUACCAAAUUCAAUCAAACAGUCCUCUUUGUCUCAGGUCUUACCUUGGCUCGGCACAUCACCAUUGGAAUUUGGUUGUUUUAUUGUGUUUUGGCUUGCCCAGUUGGCCAUUGUUUGGAAAGGAAUGGAUGGAAUUAGGGAACUUGAGAAAUACUCAGCUCCAGUUCUCAUCGCACUCACUUCCUGCCUUCUCAUUUGGGCUUAUGUCAAAGCUGGUGGUUUCAGCCACAUGCUUUCCUUGUCCUCUAGGCUCACCUCCAAGCAAUUUUGGUCCCUCUUUUUCCCUUCCUUAACUGCUAAUAUAAGCUUUUGGGCUACUCUUGCUCUUAACAUACCAGAUUUCACCAGAUAUGCCAAGAGCCAGACUGACCAAAUCAUCGGUCAAGCCGGGCUACCAAUCUUCAUGGGGGCAUUCACAUUUGUUGGCCUAGCUGUAACCUGCUCGACAGAAGUGAUUUUCGGGCGUGUCAUUUCGAAUCCGAUUCAACUUCUCGGGCAAAUUGGAGGGUUCACAACGAUCAUUCUAGCCAUUUUUGGUGUUAGCCUUGCCACCCUCACAACCAACAUUGCAGCCAAUGUUGUGGCCCCUGCAAACGCUCUUGUGAAUCUCAGCCCUUCAAAGUUCACCUUCAGAAGAGGAGCUAUUCUCACAGCUUUGCUUGGAAUUGCAUUUCAGCCAUGGAGGCUUCUCAAGUCAAGUGAGAGCUUUGUGUACACAUGGCUAGUUGGAUACUCUGCUCUGUUGGGUCCAAUUGGAGGCAUAAUUCUAGCAGAUUACUAUCUUAUCCAUAACAAAAACCUAAGCAUGAAGGACUUGUACUCAGUAAGUCCUUUUGGGGACUAUUAUUAUUCAGGAGGCUACAAUUUGGCAGCAAUGGCAGCUCUUGUUGUUGGGAUUUUGCCUGUGGUUCCAGGCUUCUUGCAAAAAAUUGGCCUUCUUUCUUCAAUAUCAGAUGCUUAUGUGAUCAUCUACAACAAUGCUUGGUUUUUCAGUUUUUUCUCUGCCGGUUUGCUCUACUGGCUUCUGUCAAGUUUGACAAGAAAACAGAACUCUCUGCCUGCAGAAGAACCCCUCUUGCCUCCUGCAAACUAAAGGUUUCUAUUUUCCAAUUUUUAUUCAACACAAUAAACUUGCAUACAAUUUGUAAAGAGAUGAACAUUUUUCUUGACACACUUUCUGUAUAAUAAGGCAUCUGUAGGUUGUACUUCAAAUUAAUAAAACUUUCAACAUUUAUGAGUGAUGCA